AGCCCCCGAGUCCGAGAUCGCGGCAGCUCCUCCCCGUUUCAGCCUCCGUGGGAGCACCCCUCGAUGCAACAGCCCAGGCGCGUUCUCACUAGGCUGGCUAUCGCUGAGUCUCUUGUUUAGCCUGAUACUGACUUCGGCUUCACUCUGUUUGAUAUCCAAAAUUUCGAGCACGCGACACUGGGUCCGGACGCUCCCAGAGCGCCUCGCCGAGAGGGUCCCUCCGUCAACGCUGGAUUGUGUCUUGACACUCUCCGUUCCAGUCCCAGUCCUAACGAUACACGCAUCCACCCGACUGGGAGACAGGCAUGGACACAGACGUCACAAAGAGCGACCAUGAGUCUCUCCCUUCGACCGCGCCUGCUGAACGAGCUUCCAUGAUGGACCGAGACCAAAGUCCCGAGACCCCGAAGAUGGCACACGACUCCAUGGUUACGGUUCGACUCUCCGAACCCGAGUCUCUCCUCCUCGACACUUCCACGACCGGCUUCGAUGUUGACACGGCCCAAUCGACCCCGACCAAGGAUCACGGGCACGAUAGCGUGGUUGACGACGUGAAGCACGGCGUGACGAUCGACGUGACGGAAGACGUGACGGACGACCAAAAGGACAACACCAAGGUUGGCGAAGACGACGACAAGGACAACAGCGAAGAAGGGGUAGUGGAUGCUUCGAGUACGGGAGAGCUAGCAAAUACGGCGACCCCUCGUGACUCGAAAGCGACCAUGCCGCCCCCUAUCGUUACUCGAUCUCUUCAGGAUGAGCUGCUGUAUGAUGACCACUCCUCAGACGACCAGGAGGAGGUCAAUUGGGAGCAGCUAGAAAAGACGGAAGAUGAGCAGACCAAGGAUGACGAGACAGACAAUUCAACCGCUCUCUUGCUUGCACGACUUGAACAGGAAAAUGCCAAACUGGCUACGAACCCGAAAAGCGUCAAAGUACAAGGCGUCGACCGUGCUACCGUGGAACGCAGCGCCGUCAGCAAGCCUCGUCCACCUUCAAUGGCACAGCUUCGACAAAUGGUCCAGGGCCCGACACCCCCUGCCCUACGAUACUCGAUGCUUCCCCCUCCGCCGAUGACUGAUCUUGAAUUCUACGCUGCGCUAGUAAAGGACUAUCAACAAACAGCCGCCCGACUACCGACGCUUUUGUCCAACAAGAUCCGCAAAGGCAUUCCUCCUCCGCUCCGAGGGGUUGUUUGGCAGAGUAUGUCUGGUGCGCGGGACGCGGUGUUGGAGGAACAGUAUGAGCGAUUGUCAGGCGAGUCUAGCCCGUACGAGGUCAUCAUCGGUAAGGAUUUGGGACGGAGCUUUCCGGGUGUGGACAUGUUCCGGGAUCCGGAAGGGGAUGGGCAACGUAUGUUGGGUCGAGUCCUCAAGUGCUUCAGUCUCUACGACACCAAAAUUGGCUACUGCCAAGGGCUGGCCUUUCUGGUUGGCCCAUUACUGAUGCAUAUGCCCGAUAAACAGGCAUUUUGCGUCCUGGUCCGUCUCAUGGAGCGAUACGAUCUCCGGGCUUGCUUCCUCCCGGAUCUCUCUGGGCUUCAUGUGCGCAUCUAUCAGUUCAGGGAGCUGUUGCGACAGAGUCUGCCGGUAUUAUCGAACCACCUGGAGGAGCUCCAGGUCGACCCUGCAUAUGUCUCGCAGUGGUUUCUCAGCUUCUUUGCUGUGACGUGCCCCCUGCCAAUGCUGUUUCGGAUCUACGAUGUCAUCUUUGCCGAAGGUGCAUCAGAAACCAUCAUGCGAGUUGCGCUAUCCCUGAUGCGGAAGAACGAGGCGCGACUAUUGGCUUGCACUGAGAUGGAGGAUAUAAUGACCCUCCUCCUCUCCCGGGGCCUCUGGGAUUGCUAUCAUUACAAUGCAGAUGAAUUUGUCCAAGACUUUGUUGGAUUGACGGGUGUUGUUACGCGAGAGAGCAUGCAACAACUGGAACAGAGCUACAAGGAAUCCAAGACAGCUGCCACCACGCCCGGAAGAGGAUCCGAAAUCACCACAGCAGCCAGCCGCUUUCUGGGUCGCAUCUGGGCCUCAUCUACCACCAGCUUGUCGCCCAAAUCUGCCAAUCUCAGUCCUGGCAACAGCGCACCAUCACGACCAUUGAGCAUGUUGCGCCGCAGUACAUCGAAGCAGAGCCUCGCAUCGACAUUGAACUCGAUGGAGGCUAGCUCUGCAAGCGUCACCAGUUCCACGUCCACGGAUGCCACGAGUUUGACGCGAGACUCGUCAAACGCCGAGGACAGUGCGUUGACUCGCGAGUCAACGCCUGUUGGAGCCAAGUCGGCGGCGACCCACAAGAACAGCGACGAGCGACACUUGCACAGCCAAAUCGAGGAUCUGCUGACCGCAUUGAGUGAGUUGCAGCGAAAUCAUGCGCUGCUCGCGAACCAGCUCCAGCGCGAGCAAGAGGAGCGACAAGAGGAUCGUAAGGCCGUCCAAUCGCUCCUCAGUGGACUGAGACAAAAGGCGAGCAGGGAGUCGACAUCAACAGAAUUGAGCAACCCCGAGGUCAAAAUCUCGACAAUGGAUGGCGACGAUGAAGAGAAACCGGGCAUGGAGACUAUAGACGAAGAGACGGUGGACAAAGUGAGCCGGAGUGAUGAAGGCGCGGAGCGCAGGAAGUCAACUAAUACCACCGAUGGACUAAACAGUGCAGCCGAUGUACUAAAUGAGGAGGAGGAGGAUGACGACAACCCAAAAUCCCCAUCGACUGAAGAUUUGUCAAAACUGCUUGACCUGGUCGAGCGUCGCUUCCAGAUUGAUGAGGACCAGCGACGGUCGUCAAUGCUCCAGUCCAAGGUGCAGCUGCGUGAGGAACUGGAACACACCAAAGAUCAACUGGCCAGUGCGAUGUCCCAGUCACAAGAAUACAAUCGCCAGAUCAACGACUUAAACCAAGAGAUGGCGACAGUCAAGGAGCAGCUCCGGGAGAGCCACGCGCAUGUCAGGACUCUCCACCAAGACAAGCAGCGGCUAGAGAAACAAAUGCACACACUGAAGGCGCGCGCAUCAGCCUACUCAGCGCACGAGCCGACCCGAGAACCAGAACCCGAGUGGAACAGGGGCAACGGCGCAGGCCUGAGGGAAUUCAAGCUGGGGCGGAGCAAGUCGACACCAUCGCAAGCAAAGGGCGGGAAUGGUGGCAGUGUGUUCAAUAAGAGGAUCUCAUCCCUCCCCCGUCCCCACGAACCGAACGUGCCGACGGUGACGACGACGGCCCCCGGGCCUCCCCCGACCGAGAACGAGGCGUUGCUGUUGGAGCUUGUGCAGGCCAAGACAGCCGAGGCCAUGGCUAAGCAGGAAGCCGAAGAGACAAGGCAGAAGCUGGAGUCUUUGCGCAAGGCCCAUGGGUUAAGCCACAGCGAACUGUCGCAUUCGUCAUCAGCAUCUCAAUCGGGGCCGAUGGGGGUGUUUGGGCUACUUACUGGACACGGGACGUCGCCUUCCACCGAGACGCCCACGAAACCGGCGUCGAACGCAGCGGGAUCUCCUUCAUCUGGGGGCGGAUUUUGGGGUUGGCGAAGGUAACGGGAUUGAACCGCCCGUACGACGACAAGCACCCGCAGUUUAGUGGCAUCAUGAUGGUCACGCGACACUGUUGGCAAUGCUGGACUCUUUUUUUGUUUUUCCACUGAUGCUUCUAUGUAUAUAUUGGGCAUUGACCGCCUCACAUUGGCGAGCGUUUGUGUUGGGACAAACCUAUGAUGGGAACUGAAACUCAUGUGGGAUUUGCAUGUCCUUGGGCGGAUUGGCAUUGCACGCGCCGUUG